CAAAAAAUGGGGUCCGGCGACAGAGGUGACUUAGUGCUCCCAGCUCUGCAGCUCCUGGAGGGAUUCUGGGAUGCAUCCACCAUGUAGCCUGCUUUGCAAGCCCGGGGGGGCUCCUCAUGGCUAGACGAGACUGUUUAUCCUUUAUUUGUUAAUUUUGGGUUGGAAGAUGAAAUGCUUUUCUCGCUACCUGCCUUACCUCUUCAGACCUCCGAACACCAUCCUGUCUUCCAGCUGCCACACCGAAGCUGACAUUAUCUCUACAGUAGAAUUCAACCACACAGGAGAAUUACUAGCGACAGGGGACAAGGGGGGUCGCGUUGUAAUAUUUCAGCGUGAGCAGGAGAGCAAAAAUCAGCCCCAUCGCAGGGGAGAAUAUAAUGUUUACAGCACAUUCCAGAGCCAUGAACCUGAGUUCGAUUACCUGAAGAGCUUAGAGAUAGAGGAGAAGAUCAAUAAAAUACGAUGGCUCCCCCAGCAAAAUGCAGCUUACUUCCUUCUCUCCACAAAUGAUAAAACUGUAAAACUAUGGAAAGUUAGUGAAAGAGAUAAACGACCAGAGGGCUAUAACCUCAAAGACGAAGAUGGACGACUCCGAGACCCCUCUACAAUUACAACACUGCGGGUACCUGUGCUAAGGCCAAUGGAUUUAAUGGUGGAAGCGACUCCCAGACGGGUUUUUGCAAAUGCACACACGUAUCACAUCAACUCCAUAUCCGUUAACAGUGACUAUGAAACCUACAUGUCAGCAGAUGAUUUGAGGAUAAACUUAUGGAACUUUGAAAUAAUCAAUCAAAGUUUUAAUAUUGUAGAUAUAAAACCAGCAAACAUGGAGGAGCUGACAGAAGUGAUUACAGCUGCAGAGUUUCAUCCACACCACUGCAACACCUUUGUCUACAGCAGCAGCAAAGGGACAAUAAGAUUAUGUGACAUGCGAGCAUCUGCCCUGUGCGACAAGCACUCCAAAUUUUUUGAAGAGCCUGAAGACCCCAGUAACAGGUCAUUUUUUUCUGAGAUCAUCUCUUCAAUUUCUGAUGUUAAGUUCAGCCACAGUGGGAGGUACAUCAUGACCAGGGACUAUCUCACUGUCAAGGUGUGGGAUCUGAACAUGGAGAACAGGCCUAUUGAGACAUACCAGGUUCACGAUUACCUCCGCAGCAAACUGUGUUCCCUUUAUGAGAAUGACUGCAUUUUUGAUAAAUUUGAAUGUGUGUGGAACGGGUCUGACAGUGUCAUCAUGACUGGCUCCUACAACAAUUUCUUUAGAAUGUUUGACCGCAACACAAAGCGUGAUGUGACCCUGGAGGCCUCAAGGGAAAACAGCAAACCCCGCGCCAUACUGAAGCCCCGCAAAGUCUGUGUCGGGGGCAAAAGGAGAAAAGACGAAAUUAGUGUGGACAGUCUGGACUUUAGCAAAAAGAUCUUGCAUACAGCUUGGCACCCGUCAGAAAAUAUCAUAGCAGUGGCAGCAACAAAUAACCUGUAUAUAUUUCAGGACAAGGUUAAUUAGGAGGGAAAAAAAGAUAAUUCCUUAGGAAUCUUAUGUACUGAAUACUAGCAAACAUAAGGUUUUAAAUGUUUCUUCUGUUUUCUUCUUCUCCACUUUCUUUGUUUCAUUGCUCCUCUGCAGAUAUUAAUUAUGUAGAGGUAAGUACUCAGAUUCCAGACUCAUUGCUUUCCCCCUAAACAUUAAGAAAUUAGGUUGACAAAACCUAUUAGGAACAUUUUACUUCUGAUUGUUAAGAGUCACCAAGUUACACUAUUAAUACCAAACUUAAAUGAACUUACACUUUUUUUCCUUUUUCUCAGUCCUUUCAAGAGGUUUUAGUUUAUUUUAAAAAUGAUGUUCUGGACAUCUGCCAAUGAAAAUCAAGAUUACAUAAAUAUAUUUACAAAAAAAAAUCUAGUAGGGCCAUAAAGCAAGGAUUUUAUACAUUAAGAUGAAACUGUCCUGUUAUGAUUUUGGAGAUCCUUGUUUUCUUUUAUAUGCUCUCUUACCAAACAGGAAUUCAGGUUCUGUUGCCAGUUCAUUCCUUGUAAUUGUCCAUUUUCCCAUUUCAACUGGCAUAUUUGUUUUAUCAACUCAGGGCCUUUCCAGCUUAACAUUUGUUGUGCAUGUUAAUGGCACAAUAAAUGUGUUGGUGUAACUCAA